GUCAGAACCAUGGACGAGCCUGCCACAUCUGUUACCAAGCAGCCAAAUCUAUCUUUCUAGGGUUGCUUAACGAGCAAGCACAGAGACCAUGAAGCCUAACUUUGCUUCCAUCUUCCUCUUUUCUCUUCUCUUGUUUGCAGAAGUCAAUGAUGCAAGAGAGAGUCCAGGUGACUACUGGAGGAAGAUAAUGAAGGACCAGCCCAUGCCGGAGUCGAUUAGAGAUCUCAUUCACCCGGAGUCUUCGUCGGGGAACGAGAAGAACAGCAUCGGUUUCGUGAGAGAUUUCGACAUGAGACCCAAUGCGAUCAUAUAUCACGGCCAUGGGGAUGCCGAAGACAAGCAGCACUAUGGGGAAAAUGCUGAGAAAGGAGAGGAUGAGCGGUUGAAGAUGCCUCAUGAUCGAGAUCAGAAGAAGAAGAAGACAUCUGCUUAGUUUGAAACUAGAGAAGGGCAAAAAAGAAAAAAAAAGAUUAAAAAUAAUGUGGUAGAGGCUUUUCUGCGGUAGGUGCUUUG